GCCCGGCCUGACAGAGUGUUUUGUUUUAUGAUGUCUAUAGCCUGAAAGGGGGGAAAAAGAAGCCAGUAAAGAAGGAGAAGGUGUCAAUUCUGGCUGGGACCUAAAAUAUAGAUGCUUUGGGCAUGAGAAAGGAGGGACACCCUUUUCCCAGGCAAGCAAAGUUGAUGAGGGUUGGACUGUCCACAGAUAAUGGUGGUGAAAUUAUCUGCUGAGAGAAACAGUGGUUGCAGGAGUUUCCAGGAAGUGCUUAAAGUCAUUCAUUCAUUCUUUUGUUCAUUUAACAAAUUUUGAGUACUUGCUGUGCUGUCGAAAACAGGAGGAGGAGCUGACCAGAGACUUGUAGGAGGAUGACCAAGUGCCACUGAAGGCUUGCUGAAGACCCCAAGCAAUCAGCUUCCCUUCCUUAACCAGACCUCAAGUCCAGUGCCUCAAGGGAUAAAGCUAGUUGUGGGAAGGAAAGGCAAAGGGGCAGACUCUGUCUUGUGGCUGCUAAUGGCUGAGGGAGCUGCCACCCCAGUUGGAGGUCUGCUUAGGGUCAUCCUCUGUCCAGGCUCCGCACCCCCUGGGACAGUUUCUGGAGCUGUCCCUCCUUGCCUAGACCCUGGCUGGCUCCUAUUCAUCACUCUAACUCUAGUGAUGCUCCUUCCAAGAAGCCUUCCAUAGUCCCCAGUCCUCCUUUCCAGUCCUGGUAGGUGGCCCUUGUCCUGUGCUACCAUUUCCCUGUCAGCAUCUGCAUCACAUUACUGUCGUGUCCCUCUCCCUUCCCCUCACCGCCCCACCCCCUGCAACCCCUUAAGAGCAGGGACUGUUGUUUAAUCUCUGCACCUCCAGGAUGCAGCGAGGGCCUGACAUAUGGAGCUUCUCGGGGUAUGUUUGGUGAAUAAAUGGCACAGGGAGGGGGCUGCUGCCACCACUGCCACUCUGUGCUCUCUCAGAUGUAAACAGGUUACCCAGCUGGGAGAGAGGACAUCUGCUGGCUGGUGUGGCGUCCAGCACUGAUGUGUCUACCUUCUCUGAAGGUGACUGCAAGGAGCCUGACAAGUGCUGCUGGAAACACAAGCAGUGCACUGGGCACAUCAUCUACCCUUUCGCCUCUGACUGUGUCCGCCACAGCCUGCACCUACACUCUGUCAACCACUGCAACUGUAAUUCUAGCUUUGAAUUGGUGCUGCCAGCCCAGUCCCAGCUCUGCACACCUUGCUCUGCUCUAAGAGAAAUGGGGAGGAGGUCUGUUGGCGGCCUGAGACAGGCCCAGCGGAAGCCCACUGUCCCUCAGGCUUCUGGCUCUGGGUCCCUGGGGGAGUGAUGGGAGCCAGGCUGAGAGUCCCAUGUGUGGCAGGCUGAAGGACUGUUCAGAGGAUAGCAGCAGCUCCCGGGGCGCAGGCCCAACCUGCUCCCAUGUCAUCGAGUCCCCCUGCUUUGAGCUCACACCGGAGGAGGAGCAUGUGGAUCGAUUCUGGUAUGGCUGGUGCAAAAGCUACAGACCUGUCUCUGUGGCAGUGAUCCACCAUCCCCUCUACCAUGAGUGUGGGGCAGAUGAUCUAAAUGAAGAAGAGGAAGAGGAGAAGGAGGAAAGCAAGCCCCCCAUCCCAACGCAGGUGGGGCCCGCCACUGCCUCCCCUGACCUAGGUACCAGCAUGGCCACUGGUACCCCUGACUCUGCAGCGCCCAUCACCAUCUGGCGCUCUGAGAGCCCCACAGGGAAGGGUCAGGGCAGCAAGGUGAUCAAGAAGGUAAAGAAGAAAAAGGAAAAAGAGAAAGACAAGGAGGAGGAGAUGGAUGAGAAGGCAAAGCUGAAGAAAAAAGCCAAGAAAGGCCAGUUGACUAAGAAGAAAAGCCCGCUUAAAUUGGAGCCUUCCCCGCCAGACGCGAGCCGAUCAUUAAGUCCAAGACAGCUGGCCAGGAUGUCCGAGUCCAGCCCAGAAAGCCGGGAAGAGCUGGAGAGCGAGGACAGUUACAAUGGCUGGGGGCAGGGAGAACUGUCCAGCCAGGAUAUUGUGGAAUCAUCAUCGCCCAGGAAGAGAGAGAAGAACACAGUCCAGGCCAAAAAGACAGGGGCAAAGCACUCACAAGCCAGGAAAGUAAACAAGAGAAAAUAUCCCCCAGGAUCAAACCCCAACCUCAGUUGAGGCCACGGUGGUCGGGGUGCAGAAUAAAUGCCCUCGAGCCUGUGGCUGGCCCUCUGCUGCUGUUCUCUCCCUCCAACUUGGCUGUUUCUUGCAGGGCAAGGGGUGGGCUCAGGGCUGCAGGGGUUUCUCAAAGGCAAUCCAGCUUUCACAAAGGAAGCCCAUGGGAAGGCAGGUGGGAGGGAAAGGAAGGGGCACAGCCCUAUUUCUUCCUACCUGCUAGGACAAGGUGGAAGAGUGCAUCUGGGGUGGGAAGGAGGGCUUCCCCUCUCUGCUAGGAGAGACCAGUCUGUGUGAAAUCCACUUCUGGGACAGGCAGUACUGUCUGCAGUGAUACCCCCAAUAAACAGAACUUUUUAACCCA